UCUCAUGCAAGCGCAUUAUGUGCAGCUUGACUUCCUAGGCCGAGGAGAGACAGACAUUGCCGUAGCAUUGGGAGGGAACACCCCUAAGUGCCGGCUCGCCAUUUUACAGUAACCCACGCUGCUUCUGGGGCCCAGACUGCUUUUUUCUGCCUCACCGGAAAGGAUUGUAAGGCUUUGCUCUUCUUUUCUUCUCUUUGCUUUUUCACCAAAGAGGUGAAGCAGGAUGAUAGCGGCACAGCUUCUGGCCUACUACUUCACUGAACUGAAGGAUGACCAGGUCAAAAAGAUUGACAAAUACUUGUACGCCAUGCGGUUCUCUGAUGAGACGCUGCGUGAUAUUAUGGCUCGUUUCCGAAGGGAAAUGGAGAACGGAUUGGCACGAGACACCAACCCGACAGCCACUGUCAAGAUGCUGCCCACCUUUGUAAGGUCCAUUCCUGAUGGAUCAGAGAAAGGAGAUUUCAUCGCACUGGAUCUGGGUGGCUCUAAUUUCCGUAUUCUGCGGGUAAAAGUGUCUCACGAGAAGAAACAGACAGUGCAGAUGGAAAGUCAAAUAUACGAGACUCCAGAAGACAUCAUCCACGGCAGCGGAUCACGGUUGUUUGACCAUGUUGCAGAAUGUCUUGGAGACUUCAUGGAGAAGCAAAAAAUUAAAGACAAGAAGCUUCCUGUGGGCUUCACGUUCUCAUUCCCUUGUUCACAAAGCAAACUGGACGAGGCUGUUUUGCUGACAUGGACGAAACGCUUCAAAGUCAACGGAGUAGAGGGAAUGGAUGUAGUAAAGCUUCUCAAUAAAGCUAUUAAAAAACGUGGAGACUACGAUGCAGAUAUAAUGGCUGUUGUCAAUGACACUGUUGGAACUAUGAUGACCUGCGGAUUUGAUGACCAGCGCUGUGAAGUUGGCAUUAUCAUAGGUACCGGCACUAAUGCAUGCUACAUGGAGGAGCUCAGACACAUGGACAUGGUGGAGGGAGACGAAGGCAGGAUGUGUAUUAAUACUGAAUGGGGGGCGUUUGGAGACGACGGCACAUUGGAGGACAUCCGGACUGAGUUUGACAGGGAGAUUGACCGAGGAUCCCUCAACCCUGGCAAGCAACUGUUUGAGAAGAUGGUGAGUGGGAUGUACAUGGGUGAGCUGGUGAGGCUGAUCCUGGUCAAAAUGGCUAAAGAAGGCCUGCUGUUUGAAGGCCGCAUCACACCAGAGCUGCUUACAAAAGGAAAAAUCGAAACCAAGCACGUUUCUGCAAUUGAGAAGAGCAAAGAAGGACUAACCAAAGCCAAGGAGAUUUUGACACGCUUGGGUGUAGAGCCAUCUGAGGAUGACUGCAUUGCUGUGCAGCAUGUUUGCGCCAUUGUCUCUUUUCGCUCUGCUAAUCUAAUUGCUGCCACUUUGGGUGCAAUCCUGACACGUCUGAAGGACAACAAGAACACCCCGCGUCUCCGCACCACCGUGGGCAUUGAUGGCUCCCUAUACAAGAUGCACCCACAGUAUGCCCGUCGGUUGCACAAAACAGUGCGUCGUCUGGUGCCAGAGUCUGAUGUUCGCUUCUUGCUGUCUGAGAGUGGAAGUGGAAAGGGAGCUGCACUGGUGACAGCCUGGGCUUACCGUUUGGCGGACCAAGAGCGUCAGAUUGCAGAAACGCUGGAGGAGUUCAGGUUGACCAAAGACCAGCUGCUGGAAGUGAAAAAGAGGAUGAGAACUGAGAUUCAGAAUGGACUGAGCAAGAGCACCCAAAACACAGCCACCGUCAAAAUGCUGCCCACAUAUGUGCGGAGUACCCCUGAUGGAUCAGAAAAUGGUGACUUUUUGGCUCUGGACCUUGGAGGUACUAACUUCAGAGUCCUUUUGGUAAAGAUUCGCAGUGGAAAGAGGCGAACUGUGGAGAUGCAUAAUAAAAUUUAUGCCAUUCCCAUAGAAGUAAUGCAAGGAACCGGAGAGGAGCUCUUUGAUCACAUUGUGUACUGCAUAUCUGACUUCCUGGACUACAUGGGGAUGAAGAAUGCCCGUCUGCCACUGGGCUUCACCUUUUCUUUCCCCUGCAGACAAACUAGUCUUGAUGCGGGGCUCUUGGUAAAUUGGACGAAGGGCUUUAAAGCCACAGACUGUGAAGGUGAAGAUGUUGUCGGCCUUCUGAGAGAGGGGAUCAAGAGGAGAGAGGAGUUUGAUUUGGAUGUUGUAGCCAUAGUAAACGACACAGUGGGCACAAUGAUGACCUGUGCAUAUGAAGAGCCCACGUGUGAGGUUGGGCUAAUCGCAGGAACGGGCAGCAAUGCCUGCUACAUGGAGGAAUUGCGAAACAUCGAGACAGUAAAUGGAGAUGAGGGCAGGAUGUGUGUGAAUAUGGAGUGGGGAGCGUUUGGAGAUAAUGGCUGUCUGGAUGACAUCCGGACGAAGUAUGAUGAUGCUGUGGAUGACCUCUCCCUCAAUGCAGGCAAACAAAAGUAUGAGAAGAUGUGCAGUGGCAUGUACCUGGGUGAGAUUGUACGAAACAUCUUGAUCGACUUGACGAAGCGAGGCUUCCUCUUCAGAGGACAGAUCUCCGAAACACUGAAGACCAGAGGCAUCUUCGAAACCAAGUUCCUGUCCCAAAUUGAGAGUGACCGUUUGGCGCUACUGCAGGUCAGGUCUAUUCUCCAGCAUCUUGGUCUGGACAGCACAUGCGAUGACAGUAUCAUCGUCAAGGAGGUUUGUGGAGCUGUUUCUCGUCGAGCAGCUCAGCUCUGUGGAGCAGGAAUGGCUGCUGUUGUGGAUAAAAUCCGGGAGAACCGUGGACUGGAUCAUCUGGACAUCACUGUUGGAGUGGAUGGCACCCUGUAUAAGCUCCAUCCACAUUUCUCCAGGAUAAUGCAUCAGACGGUAAAGGAGCUCGCUCCCAAAUGCAACGUCACUUUCCUUCUCUCAGAAGACGGAAGCGGUAAAGGUGCUGCCUUGAUCACCGCCGUUGGGUGUCGCCUCCGCCAGCAAGAACAGAAGAGCUGAACCCUGCGAUGAACAAGCCCUCUGCCUCUUUUCCAGCUCUCCAAGAGCUCAUACAUUUCCACUCACAGUUGUGACUCGGCUCUCAAAAACCACGACCCGGCACAUCCUUCUGCUCAUUCCCAGAGCUGUGAUCUGACCCCUUGGCUUUGUAUUUCACUCCUACAUGUUCCUGUAUGUCUAUGUGUGUUAUUAGGGGUUGGUCCAUCAGCGUCCACCCAAAUUAUAUUAAGAUGUUCUUUAAGAUGUUAAAUUGUUGUUAAAGUAUUUAUGGAUGUAUAUUGGAAAAAGGGAAGAAAUGUAAACACAGUACAACCAUUAAAGUAAAGAUAUUUGACCAAGUAUAUCAAGAUAUUAUUUAUUUUAUUUUUCUAUCUGCCAGUAGACAUAACAGGAAUGGAUACCUGAGGGAAAGAAGGUAUUUUGUUGCGAUUAUGCCAAGCUAACUCCAAAACGCUGCGUAUUGUCAUUUGUCUGUGUGGCAGCUUGUGGUGAUGAAUACUGCGAAACAUUCACUAACCCGAAUGGCCUCUGUGUGUUGGUCAAGGUCAAAGUGAGGAAGACGUGCAAAUUCAGUUUUGCAGUCACAGCUGCCUUCCUGUGUAAUUCAAACCACUACUCAUACAAAUGAACAAGGACAAGAAAACCUAUUGCCUUUGCAUAUCCAACCUUUCUGAAAUAGUCUUACCUUCUCAUACCCGAAGUGGGUUGUAUCGUGCGUAUUGCUUUUGUCAGCUUUUUGCUGUGUGUGUAUAUGCAGAUAUGCGGGUUGUCGGUACUGAUUCCCAGUAAAUGUUCUUCUGUGUGCCCCAGCUGGUUAUUUGUGAGUGAUUGUGUGUAGUUCAUGUGAGUGAAUCUGUGUAGUGGCUCAGAGACUUACUGAUGAAUGCAUGCCUUAUUUGGUAACUGAAGUUAGCAUCCACUGAUUUUGUACUAUUUCAUAGUUGCACUAUAUAAAUAGAUGUUCCUGGAAAAAUAACCUAUAUGAGAAAAACCAUAAAAAUAUUUUGAUCAACUACUGAA